AUGCCCGGGAGCACCUGGGAGCUGCACCUGCUGCUUCUGCUGGGACUGGGGCUGGGGUCCGAGCAGGCCCUCCCCCCGCCCUGUGAGAGCCAGAUUUACUGCCACGGGGAGCUCCUGCACCAGGUCCAGAUGGCCAAGCUCUACCUGGACGAUAAGCAGUUUGUGGACAUGCCGCUGUCCGCGGCUCCAGACCAGGUCCUGCAGAGCUUCGCGGAGCUGGCGGCGACCUACAACAACACCAUCCCCAGGGAGCAGCUCGAGAAGUUUGUCCAGGGGCACUUCCAGGCGGUGGGGGAGGAGCUGCAAUCAUGGACCCCCGGGGACUGGAAAGAGAGCCCCCAGUUCCUGCAGAAGAUCUCGGACCCCAGGCUGCGAGCCUGGGCGGAGCAGCUGCACCUGCUCUGGAAGAAGCUGGGAAAGAAGAUAAAGCCAGAGGUGCUGAGCCAGCCUGAGCGGUUCUCUCUGAUCUACUCCCAACAUCCCUUCAUUGUGCCUGGCGGGCGCUUUGUGGAGUUCUACUACUGGGACUCCUACUGGGUCAUGGAGGGCCUGCUCCUGUCUGAGAUGGCCGAGACAGUGAAGGGCAUGCUGCAGAACUUCCUGGACCUGGUGAUGGCCUAUGGGCACAUCCCCAACGGCGGGCGAGUGUACUACUUGCAGCGCAGCCAGCCCCCGCUCCUGACGCUCAUGAUGGACCGAUACGUGACGCACACCGGUGACCUCGCCUUCCUACGGGAGAACAUUGAGACCUUGGCCUUGGAACUGGACUUCUGGGCUAAGAACAGGACCGUCUCUGUGAGCUCGGGGGGAAACAACUACACCCUGAACCGCUAUCAUGUCCCUUAUGGGGGGCCCAGGCCCGAGUCCUACAGCAAAGACACAGAGCUGGCACACACCUUGCCAGAAGGUGACUGGGAAACCUUGUGGGCAGAGCUCAAGGCUGGCGCCGAGUCCGGCUGGGACUUCUCUUCACGCUGGCUGGUUGGCAGCCCGAACCCGGACUCGCUCGGCAGCAUCCGAACGAGCAAGCUGGUGCCCGUCGACCUGAAUGCCUUCCUGUGCCAGGCUGAAGGGCUGCUGAGCGGCUUCUACAGCAGGCUCGGGAAUGACUCCCAGGCUACGAAGUACAGAAACCUGCGGGCACAGCGCAUGGCGGCCCUGACAGCCCUCCUGUGGGAUGAGGACAAGGGCGCCUGGUUCGACUACGACCUUGAGAACCAGAAGAAGAACCACGAGUUUUACCCGUCCAACCUCGCUCCACUCUGGGCCGGCUGCUUCUCUGACCCUGCCAUCGCAGACAAGGCUCUGCAGUACCUGGAGGACAGCCAGAUCCUGAACCACCACCAUGGAAUCCCCACCUCUCUCCAGAACACAGGCCAGCAGUGGGAUUUUCCCAAUGCCUGGGCGCCCCUUCAGGACCUGGUCAUUGGAGGCCUGGCCAAGUCGCCUUCAGCUCGGACACAGGAAGUGGCUUUCCAGCUGGCUCAGAACUGGAUCCGGACCAACUUUGACGUCUACUCCCAAAGAUCAGCCAUGUAUGAGAAGUAUGACAUCAGCAACGGUGGACAGCCGGGUGGCGGAGGCGAGUAUGAAGUUCAGGAAGGGUUUGGCUGGACCAACGGAGUGGCCCUGAUGCUCCUGGACCGCUAUGGUGAGCGGCUGAGCUCGGGGACGCAGCUGGCGCUCCUGGAGCCCCACUGCCUGGCCGCUGCCCUCCUGCUCAGCUUCCUAACACGGUGA